AUCGUUUAAACUUGUAGAAUUAUCAAAGGAUUGUUUCAUACGUAUGUCUUCAGAAAACGACUACGACAAGCUCACGAAGGAAGAGAGAGAGGCGCGGGAUAAGGUUGAUAGGGAACGCGAGGAGGCCGAACAGGCGGCUCUCCCAUACAAAUGGAGGCAAGAGUUAGGCGAAGUCGAUAUUACUGUUCCUGUUCCGAAAGGGACACGAGCCAGAGACUUGGCAGUUAUCAUUCAGAAGAAGAAACUUAGCGUUGGUUUCAAGGGUCAGGAAAAAAUUAUGGAAGGCGAACUCUGCAGGGAGAUCAAACUCGAGGACAGCACGUGGACACUCGAGGAUCAGCAAUCUCUUCUCAUUCAUCUGGAGAAGCUGAAUAAACAGCAGUGGUGGGACAAUAUCCUCACACAUCACCCUAAGAUCGACACUCGCAAGAUCCAGCCAGAGAACAGCAAGCUCAGCGACCUUGAUGGAGAAACCAGGGGCAUGGUCGAAAAGAUGAUGUUUGACAACCAACAGAAGCAAAUGGGAAAACCUACCUCAGACGAGCUGAAGAAGAUGGAGGCAUUGAAGAAGUUCCAAGCCGCACAUCCUGAACUCGAUUUUUCGAAUGCCAAGAUCUCAUAAAUUCGAUCUAUUGUAACGAGUGCCAGGUUUCAUAUUGCAUCCGCCAUGUACAACAAAGAAAUUCUACAUCUUGUGAACAACAUGAGAGUUAUCUUAGCAUUUCUCUCCAGAUGCAAACCCUACGUUUCCCAAGUGUGACCAGCAACUGUCCUCCAAAGCCGAGCACACUGGCUUGCACGCUUCCCUGCGCACCAGGAACUAGAACCUCCCACCUCUGUGGUUCGGGUGAUUUCCCGAAGAAUGUUGUA